GUCAUCGACACCUCAAUAAUUGAUGACACGUAGAUGCCACGUAUUAUUUCAAUUAAAAUUUUAAAUAAAUAAUUGUAUUUGUAUUUUUUUUAAUCACAAAAUUCAGUUGAAAAAAGAAAUAAAUCUGCAAUCCCCUUUCAUCUUCUUCCUCUCGCUGGGAACAGGGAAACUCAACCCCAUCCAUCCACCCACAAAUCUCCUCCUUCCCACUCUUCCUGCUCCCUCCGUCAGGGAAACCCAAACUUCAUCCCACUUUUUCCACACUCCCCUUCACCCUCACUCUCUUCUCCACCGCCACCAUCCCCUCAUCUGUCUCCUCCACCCUUCUCCCGGACACCAUCGCCUCCGCACUCCUCCACUACGCCACCACCAACGCUACUGCCCGCCACAUGAACCCGGCCUAGCUCACCACCGGCGACUUCGGCUUACUAACUUUUGGAGUUUGAAAAGCCGGACCGUGCCAUGAGAAGCCCACAACUUCCGGAUAGAUCUAGAGAGUGGGAGAGAUAUGACGGAGCAACAACGGUAAUCUAGAGCAAAGAGGGGUUAUUCUUCACUGGUCGGGACUCGAUGACGGCGUAACCCAGGACCCUAACGGCGACUUCAUCAGAUCUAAGAACUGAUAAAUCCAGUCAGCGAAGAGGGGUCGUUCUCUCCCUGAUCGCGAUUCGACGAUGGCAGUAGCGGCGGAGACCAGGAACUCGACGAAGGGUCAUUCUCCCCCUGACCGAGAUUCGACGGUGGUGGCAGAGUCGAGGAACUCACGAUGCGCCUCGAAUGUUGAUGCUUUGGUAUUUUUGGCUUGCAGAUGGCGAUCUAUGUGGCGGUUGCUGUCUUUAUUAAGAGAGGAAUUGGGGAGAGGGAUAGAAAAAUCGGGGAGAGGUAGAAGCUGAUUGGAAAGAAAAUUCUGGGAAGAGGGAUGGACAAAUCUGGGGAAGCUGGAUAGGAAAGGGGAAAUCAGUUGCAAAAUGGAGAAAGAUGGCCAAAUUUGUAUACUUCGGCAGAUGGAUUGUUGGAAGGGAAGCAGAAAAAUAGCAAAGGGAGAGAAAAUAAAAAAUGUUAAUUAAUUUUUUAAUUGAUUAAAUAUUGCCAGGUCAGCAUUUCCGGUAGCCCAAUCAGCACGUUAGCUCACACCGUCAAAGAAUUGAACAAAAGUGGCUACUUUUGGUAGUUUGUCAAAAGUGGCUAUGUUUGGCCAAACCAUCAAAGUUUUGGCUACCUAAGUGUAUUUUGCCUUUUUAGUUUGAUAUUUACUACAGAAACACAUGUAUUUUAUCUGUGUUCUUGGGGUAUGAUGUAAAGUGUUGUAUGAUUCUAUGAUUUUAGGUUUAGAUUGUGAGUCAUAGGAUUUGAUGGGUAUCUGGCGGCAACAACGACAAAGAUGAAAGUUGCCUUCUGUGGCCGAUCAUGAACCAGGGGAUGCAUGGCAGUAUCUUCCUAGAGGAGAGCGGGUCUUUCUCAACAGGCAUAAAGCUCGCUCAUCUUCGGUUAAGGAAAUGCAUCGGUUGCAGUGUUUGGUAGCUUCCUUUUAGUGCUUCUCCCUCUUGAGUCUUGACCUUUCAGUCUUUUCGAUUAAGAAUUUUUGCGUUAGUUUUUAAUCAUUUCUCUUGCCUGUAUCGACUUCAGGUGUUCUCUCCAUACACUGUUGGUGAUUUUUUAUGCCAUUGAAUCAACGAAUCCACGUCUGAUCCCUUUUGGAAACCCAAUGAUUUGGGUAAGCCUCGCUCCUUUCCUAUUUCCAUUCACUUUUUAGAAUCUACUUUAAUUCUUGUGUUCAUGUUAAGAUUAUGCUUAUAAUGAUAAUAAAUUUUUUAUUCUAGAUAAGGGUGGUCGAUUGUAACCUGGGUUAGCUACUUCAACAUUGCAGAGGUGUUCAAGAAUUUCGGUGUAUUAUUUUGGUAUGGUUCCUUUCCUCAUACGUUUGGGAGAUUUGGUUUCUUUUGUUGGAUUCAUUUGGUUGUAGCUUCUUCGAUGGCCUUGAUUUAUGGCUUUUUGGAUAAACUCUCUUUUGGUGAUUAGGCCCAUGAUUGUUUUCCCUUUUUUAUUCUUGCGAAUUGAUUGGAUAUUUUCACUUUUUCAGUUUUCUCUCUUUAGUAAUAUCCUAUGUUUAUUCUGCCCUCCAUGUAUUUAAGAGAGUAUUUGAACCAAUCUUUUAGGUUUACAAAUUACAUGUACAUCAUCUUUGUAUGAUAUCCACUGAUUACUGUUAAUGAUUUCAGGUCUAAUGCAACCAAAUGGAAGUAUGGAAAUGGAACUAUCCACCUAUGGUUUUUGCAUCAAUGGUGAAUGCUCUUUUUGUUCUUAAUCUAUGUAACGUUAAAUGUAGCUUUAAAUUCGGAAAUGAAGAUAUGUUGAUUAUGAAUUCUGCACUCUAGCUCACAUUUUCUUGAUGUUCAUGCAAAUUUCUUCAUCAAUUGGUUGGAGAACAAACUUUGGAUGAUGGAAAUCAGUGGAAUAAGUAAAAUAAGUUGUUAAUAAUCCAGUCAACAUGCUUUGGGUUGUUUUAUGUGGUUAAGCUGAUAUGUGGAUCCAUCACUCCAUAGAACAUUGGAAUUUGGAAAGUUGAUCGAAAAUAUUUCUCCAUUUUGCCUAAGUAUGCAAUCAUAGGGUCUAAAACGAAUUCAACCUAAAUUCAAACUUCUCAGUUGUUAUGUACCAACUGCUGUGCUCUAUUGUCGAUUUGAUUUUAUUCACAACCCUAUGGCCUUCGUUCCGAGCUUCUCUACUAUUUGCCACCAUUAAUAUAGGCAGUGCUAAAAUAAUCUUCUUAUCUAAGAAUUUCAAAGGAAAGUAAUAAAAUAAACCUUGAUAUUUAAGCAAAGAUAAAACUAAAAUUAAUAGCCUAAUUAUAACUCCCAUUUCAACGCAGAAGUAGCUCAUUGACAUCCGGUGCAGAAAAUGGUGAAAUACUUCUCAAUUAUUAAUUGUACCAAAUUACUUAAUAAUUAUAUCUUCAUAUGUCACAUAUCCCGUCGCGGAGUGCGGGCCAAGAAACCUAGUUCAUCAUUAAUCGAAAACGAAGAAGACAAGACACAUUCCUUUAGUAGUAUCAAAUAGAAUUUUCCUUAUUGGCUAAAUACUUUAAAUAAUAAUAAUUUUAGCCUCUCAUGUUAUAGGCUCAAAUAUUAUGAAUAUACUUUAUUGGUUUAGUUUUAGCUUAGUAGAACUUACCAAAUUACUUAAUAAAUUAUAUGUGAAUAAUGACGUAAAAAUUGUAGAGCUUUCUAAGUAUUAUGUGGAAAAAAAAACUUUUUCAAUAACCAUCAUAUCAUAACUAGCUUUUUACCCGGCCUGUUGGCUGAAGAGAUUUAUUUUAUAAUUUAUAUUAAUUAACUUAUUUAUAUUUUUAAAUUAUUUUGUAUAUUCUAGAUAUUUUGUGUUCUCUAUUCAUAACAAAGUUUGUAGUAUGUUUAUAUUGAAAAUUUUCAAUAUUUAGCACAGUCACUUGUGAUGCUUUGGUUUUCUAAUCAUAAAUUAUACCGCUGUCACGUCCCAUUUAGAACUUAUGUCAAAUUUUUCAACCAAAACACUAAUAUUCAACGUACGACAACCUAAACCACACACACAUAUAGUUCAAGCUAGCGUGCGCCAGGAGUACGCUAUAUUCUUGUAUUUACACUACCAUACGACCAUUGAGUUUUAUAUUUAGAUCCCGAAUUAAUUAUAGUUUUUUUGGGCAUGAUAUUAUACCAUAACCUCUAAUAGAUGAACUCCAGUCCCUAAUUCUCUAACCUCUAAUUUAUGCACAUACUUCGUCAUAACUAUCUUCUAUCUUAUCUUGAGUAAAAUCAAAAGUGUAGUAUACCUUGAUAUUAUAUAUUAUAUGAUGGCGUCUUCGGUGUACUCACUUUUUUGGGUGCAUUCAGUGCACUCGCAUCAUAACCAUCAUUUUAAAUAUGCGAUUUAUGUCAAAAUGAUGUCAAUCAUCACUUAUGAUAUGAUGAACAAUAACGCACAUGAAUUUGCACAAAAAACAUUAAAAGAUUUACUUUAAUUGGAAGGAUUUAGAGUUUAGAGAUUUAGGGUUAGAGUUAGGGUUUACAAUUUGGGGUUUAGGGACAGAACUCAAAUUUGGAGGUCUAGGACUUAGGGUAAUCCAGUAAUUAGUUGUUAUCAUAUGUUAUAUCAUCAUAUUACACUAAUUUUCUACAAAUUAAAAUCCAAAAUCCGACACCUUAAGACUAGUUUUUGAGUUGGGUGCAUUGAACACACUCAUUUUUGUGAGUGCACCGAAAUAGUCACCAUAUAUAUAUAAUAUACAUCAAAGGUAAGAUAGCCUAACGGUAAGCUGCCGCAAUAGUGAAGGCUUGGGAGUUGCAGAUCCCAAGUUCGAAUCUAAGCGAGGUCCGUUGGUGUUCCCAAAGGUAUAAGGCUUCUGGGGGCGAAGCCCCGUUGGUGUCGAAUUGAAUGCAGGUGGCCCCCAGGUUUAAUAGGACCCGCUGUCACAAAGUGGCACGUGGGGAUGAGGUUCCUCGGUUAUAAGAAAAUAUGUAUGUAUAUAUAUAUAUGUGUGUGUGUGUGUGUAGUAGACUCAAAAUUAUCCAGAUACUUCGUCAGACCUAUCUUAUCUCGCCUAAUACUCAUAUUAAAGUGCUACUUGCCUAUCCCCCACCCCCGGGAUAGAGAUCCCGCUUUUACCCCCAUAACGUAAGACAACCAUCGGGCGUUGUCUAUCGUUCAAUAUGUAAUAUAUAUAAAGAGGCAAAUCCUAAGUCCAUGCUAUUUAUUUCUUAUCCUCUCCCGCCGCCCCUUUCAUGGAGAAUAAAAGGGUAGGGAUGACAAGAUCAUAGCUCGAUAUAGUUUUAUUUUGUUCAUCCUAUCAGAGGUUAUGUUAUUUUCUGCUUUUUUGGGCUUCUUUUCAUUCUUCUUUGGAACCUAUGAUUGUGAUCAUAGGUCUUUAGUCCUCGAAAGGGAUUGAGAUUUUAGGUCCUUUGGAAAUCCAAUACACAUUCAUGAUCCUCGAGUUUGGACGAACUCUCGACCAAUGUUGUAAAGAUUAGGACUUUUUAGUGAGAAAUUCUUAGUAAAGAUACUUCAUUAUUAAAUCAAUUUAUUCAUCCAUAUUGAAACUUGACACACACCAUAGCCCUUAUGAUGAUUAAAUUCUCCAAUCUCGACUCAUUUCCAUUUUGGAUGUUAGUUUUUUUAUGAAGAUGCUUAAAUUUAGUAUAUUAUACAAUAUGUAUAAAUCGUUAAUUCUUGAAGUUUAGACUAUACCUCACCCGUGGUCAUUGUUAUGUUGACUUAGAAUCUCAAUCUAAUACAUUCAUACACACUAUCGAGGAUUUUGGUCUUAACAUGGUCGUUGAAUGUGUAAUUUUCAAAUAUUUUAUCACAUAUAUUAAUAAUUGAUAAAGAGUGUCUACAAUACACACAUAUUUCAAGUGCAAUUAAAAUGUCUUAUCAUUUGAACAAUAUUGGUAGAUUUCAUUUGAUUAUUUGCAUUAACUUAUUAUCUUAUACAACAUAUAUCAAUUCGUGUUUCUCGAGUUUGGACGAACUGGCAACCAAUUUUGAGAGUUGAGAUUAUUGGAUAAAAAUACUUGAUUGCUGGUUAAAUAUGUUUAUAUCCCAAUUGACUAUCAUACUAAAAAUUGUCAACCUUUAUUUUGUAAAUGCCUAGGUUAGUAGUUGCUGAAACAUGAUGUUUAUCAUAGUGUCAUCCUAGGGUAUGAAGUCAAAGUUAGUCAACAAUCAUAUUUAAGUCAUUUUGAAAAUUUUGAUUUAUAAUUCUCGACGAUAACGCCUAUCUGAAAGAAAAUUUCUUAGCUUACGACUUAGAACCUCAAUAAUGCUUGCUCAAUCAACAUGAGAUAAACCA